CCCUUUCUGGUGACAGAGUGUUGUUUGUUUUGUUUCCCUUCAAUUGGAGAGAGUAAGCGAGUCUCUUACGCCGAGAGAGAGGCUUGUUUGUUUUUCCUCUAAGAAGCAAUCAGUCUCAUAUAGUAGCAAAGAUGGUUGCAGAACGAUACACGGUCGAUUUGAAUAAGCCACUUGUCUUUCAGGUUGGUCAUCUUGGCGAAGAAUAUCAGGAAUGGAUUCAUCAACCUAUUGUAUGCGUAGAGGGUCCUCGUUUUUUUGAAAGUGAUUUUUGGGAGUUCUUGACUCGCACGGUUUGGUGGGCAAUCCCAACAAUCUGGCUUCCAGUUGUUUGCUAUGUUCUUUCAAUAUCGGUGAGGAAGGGACUUACAAUUCCCCAGAUCGGUUUAAUAGUUGCCUUUGGUGUACUCACGUGGACACUUCUCGAGUACACGCUUCAUCGUUUCCUUUUCCAUAUCCAAACCAAGAGUUACUGGGCAAACACUGCACACUAUCUUCUUCAUGGAUGCCAUCACAAGCACCCACAAGACGGCCUUCGUCUUGUUUUCCCUCCUACUGCUACAGCUAUUCUCUUGGUUCCACUAUGGAAGCUUCUUCAUCUCUUAGCUACUCCUGCUACAGCACCUGCUAUUGCUUGGAGGCAUAUUGUUUGGCUAUGUGAUGUAUGAUAUUACUCAUUACUAUCUACACCAUGGUCAACCUAAAGAACCAACCUUUAAACAUCUUAAGAAAUACCACCUAAAUCAUCACUUUAGGAUUCAAGGACAAAGGAUAUGGAAUCACUUCCUCUCUAUGGGACAAAGUCUUUGGAACACUUCCCGGUAUAAAGGCCGCCCAGAAGAAAAGCUAAACCGGAUUUCUGUUUGCCAUUUUUCAGAGUGUCGAAAACUCACUGAUAUUGUGUAUUCUGA